AUGAAUUGCAGAUUGAAUUUGAAUUUAUGUUAUUCUUUUCCAUCUACUCAAGUAACUAUCGAUAGACAGUCUUAUGGUUUACAGGUAUUGAAACUGUUAGAUGCAAAUCAGAAAUAUUUUGAUAACAUCACGAGGAGUCAUUAAGUAUUAAUUCUUUUUGAUUAUUAAAUAUAUAUAUAAUUUGGUAUUAUUUUAAAUUGGUGUCUGAUAUCAUCUUCAAAUUUUAGUGGUUUUCAAAGUGAAGAAGAUAUUCAGAAGUAAAUGAGAAAUAUCUUGGUGUAAAAUAAGAAAGUGAAAAUAAAUGCAUUUACAUAAGAGAAAUGUGAAAUAAGUACAAAGCUAAAUAGUGUAAAAAGCUAAGUAAUUAUCAAACGAGUAGAAUUUAAUUGGGUUACAGAAUUUAAGCUAAGAAAUAGGGAUAGAACCUUAAAUAAUUGAG